AUGGACCGAGCCUCGCUAAACAGAACCAGCAGUGGGUACAGAUCCGUCAAGCAGGCGUCGUCAAGCGAAUACGCUGCCAGCCUCUCUGACAGCCUCAUGGCCUCCUCGAAGCGGAUAACUCCCUUCCUCCUCUACCUCGUCUUCAUCGUCACACUUGGCCCUCUGCAAUUCGGCUACCACCUGGGAGAACUCAAUGCACCUCAAAAGGUCAUCACAUGCAAGGUCGACAAACUACCCACCUAUGGCGCCUUCAGCCUCCCUAAAUGCAUACCAAUGAGUCAAGGUCAGUGGGGUCUGGUGCAAUCCGCCUUCACCAUCGGAGGUCUCAUGGGAGCUCUGUUCAGUGGGUUUAUUGCAACGAAAUAUGGACGAUUGUUUGCCCUCAAGUGGCUUACCUUCUUCCUGGCCAUGGGGCCGAUUGCAGAAGCACUUGCUGGUAAGAUGUGGGUCCUGGCAACGGGAAGAGGAAUCAGCGGUCUUGGAGCUGGCGCUGCCACAGUUGUCUGCCCAAUUUACAUCUCGGAGGUGGCCCCGCGAGAGCAGCGUGGACUGUUUGGAGCCUUCACUCAGGUCCAGAUCAACUUUGGCAUCUUCAUUGCACAACUCCUUGGAUACUUCUUGUCCACGAAUAGCAAAUGGCGGUGGAUCCUUGCAGCUGCCGGUUUCAUUGCCGCCGGCACUUCCGUGGGCUUGAUGCUGGCACCCGAGACUCCCAAGUGGCUUGCGGGAAACAACAGACCUCGAAUGGCCAGAGGUAUCUUGCAACGUAUCAGGGGCAAGGGUGUCGAGAUCCGAGAAGAGAUGGACCACUGGGAAGUCUCUGGAGAGGCCGAAGAGGAAAGCCUCCUCGGACCACCUCGAGGUCCUCGGCCACAACCAAAAGCAAGCAAAUCUAUCCUCGAUGUUAUCCGAGUCCCGAAGUAUCGACGGGCCGUGAUCGCAGUUACCGGAACAAUGAUGGCUCAACAACUUUGCGGUAUCAAUGCUGUGGUCAUGUACAGCGUUGCUAUUCUGGGACCGAUCAUGCCGAAGCAGGCAGCGUUGAUUACGGUCGUUGUGUCGGCGGUGAAUGUUCUGGUCACCUUGUUGUCGUCUCCCCUGCCAGACAGGAUUGGUCGAAAGCCAUGUCUGCUGAUGUCAAUUUCCGGUAUGGGCUCAGCUUCGGUCAUGCUCGCUAUAGGCCUCGAACAAGACAUCAGAUUGCUCACCGUCAUUGGCAUUGGCCUCUUUGUUUGCAGUUUCGGCGUCGGCUUGGGGCCGGUACCUUUUCUCUUACCAAGUGAACUGGUCGGGCCUGAAGCGGUGGGUGCAACUUCAAGUUGGGCGCUUGCAGGCAACUGGCUCUCCACAUUCAUGGUCGCACAGUUCUUCCCGUUGCUAAACGCUGCUCUUCCUCAGGGGAGAGUCUGGUGGGUUUUUGCUGCCAUUGCUGGCGUGUUCGGCGCUUUUGUGGGGGUUCUGGUGCCUGAGAGCAAAGGAAAAACCACACCGAGUGAAGUUUGGGGAAGAGCGCAUUCUUGAUGGACUCGUGGGUCAAUAAUGAACUUUGAGCUGGACGCAUGUCGUGUUCCUCGAUAAGCUGGAUGGCGAGUUUGGACUCCGGGACGUGCUGGGACAUGUGGUAAAUCGGGACAGGCAAAUCGCGG